AGUGUAGCUCCCUCUACAGCCCACUCAGCCCACUCUCUGCUCUUUGACUCCAAUGGCCUUAUAAGGCAAUGAGUGCCAUGGCAACCAGAGGGCUUGAGCACACAGACACAUGCUCCCUACUCACUCACUGGACGAAAGGAGGGAGGGAGAGACGGAGGGAGAGAGAGAGAGAGACGGAGGGAGAGAGAGAGAGAGAAGACCAGCAGAAGAGGCUGUUAGACUGCGCUUCACCUCAGCAGCUAGCUUUGGCUAUCGUCUGUGACCGUGUUUUUCCUCCGCUGGUUUGCCUAAUUUAUUCAAGCCGGGGCCAGAGGAGAGGAGGAAGAAGGAGAUUGUGACUGUGCUUACGGGAAUGCAGAGAGACUUAGGCCUCAAGUCGUUACUGCUGGAUGGACAAGCACUGACAAAACAAGGGAGAGAAAGAGAGAGAAGAAGAGAGAGAAGAGGGGAGACUUGCUAGGAGGAACUUGCAUUCUGUUUAAGGGAUAGUAGAGAGUCUUUUCCUCCUUUUCUCAGCUGUGUUUUCACCGUGUUUGUUCUGGUGGUUUGAACUAUUGAAGCCACAGAUAUAUGGGAGCAAGAGAGGAACACGAAACAGAUGCUGCUUCACAAGAGACAGAGCAAGGGGACGUCACUACACUUUGAACUUUCCCAGACUAGCAGGACCACAAGGAGCUGUUUAUCAUUUCUGUUUUAAAUAGCAAAGCCUAUAGAUUCAGUCUGCCUCUAGAUUCAGUCUGCCUAUAGAUUCAGUCUGCCUAUAGAUUCAGUCUGCCUAUAGAUUCAGUCUGCUUAUAGAUUCAGUCUGCCUAUAGAUUCAGUCUGCCUAUAGAUUCUGUCUGCCUAUAGAUUCAGUCUGUUUAUAGAUUCUGUCUGCCUAUAGAUUCUGUCUGCCUAUAGAUUCAGUCUGCCUAUAGAUUCAGUCUGCCUAUAGAUUCAGUCUGCCUAUAGAUUCUGUCUGCCUAUAGAUUCAGUCUGCUUAUAGAUUCAGUCUGCCUAUAGAUUCAGUCUGCCUAUAGAUUCAGUCUGCCUAUAGAUUCAGUCUGCUUAUAGAUUCAGUCUGCUUAUAGAUUCAGUCUGCCUAUAGAUUCAGUUUGCUUAUAGAUUCAGUCUGCCUAUAGAUUCUGUCUGCCUAUAGAUUCAGUCUACAUUAAAUUCAGUCUGUUUAUAGAUUCAGUCUGCUUAUAGAUUCAGUCUGCCUAUAUUCAGUCUGCCUAUAGAUUCUGCGUUAGAUUUAGUCUGCCUAUAGAUGCAGUCUGUCUAUAGAUUCAGUCUGCGUUAGAUUCAGUCUGCCUAUAGAUUCAGUCUGCCUAUAAUUUUCAGUCUGCGUUAGAUUCAGUCUGCCUAUAGAUUCAGUCUGCAUUCAAUUCAGUCUGUCUAUAGAUUCAAUCUGCGUUAGAUUCAGUCUGAGUUAGAUUUAGUCUGCAUUAGAUUCAGUAUGCCUAUAGAUUCAGUCUGCAUUAGACUCAGUCUGCAUUCGACUCAGUCUGCAUUCGAUUCAGUCUGCCUAUAGAUUCAGUCUGCGUUAGAUUCAGUCUGCAUUAGAUUCAGUCUGCCUAUAGAGUCAGUCUGCCUAUAGAUAGUCUGCCUAUAGAAUCAGUCUGGUUGUUCUCUGGAUUCGUCUAUCGUCUUUGAGUAUUGGCUGUCUGGGGAGAUAGGAUAGUUCUGCCAAGCUUGUGAAACCAAAAGGGCUGUUUAUACAAGUUUGUGAGGGUGUGAGCAUGUGUAACCUGUGAACCAAACAUAGACUACUAGCAACAGACCAAAGACAAAGUAACUCAACCUUCUAAUGGGGGUUGAAUGACAACAGUCCAUUUCUAACAUUCUCUGAAUAGCUGCUUGUAUCAGAAGUUCUUGACAGAAAUGAGUUCUGUGCUUCUGCCUGUUAGAUUGAUAGAUGGCACUUUCUACACAGCCCAGAACUGGUCUGACUAGUUUGUAAGUAGUAAAGUAAUCCUACGGAAGAGGUGUUUUUUUCCCUCUGGGAGGGAGAGAGAGAGAGAGAGAGAGAGAGAGAGAGAGAGAGAGAGAGAGAGAGAGAGAGAGAGAGAGAGAGAGGGGGGGGGCGAGAGAAAGAGAGAGAGAGAGAGGGAUAUAUAUAUAUAUAUAUAUAUAGAGAGAGAAAGAGAUAAAGAGAGAGGGAUAGAGGGAGAGACAGAGAGAGAGAAAGAGAUAAAGAGAGAGGGAUAGAGGGAGAGACAGAGAGAGAGAAAGAGAGACAGAGAAACAGAGAGAGAGAGGGAGAGCCUAAGCCUCUAAGUGUAAUGUAUUGUUUUCUGUGAAAGGGCAGGCUGCACCCUUUUCCCCCUCCUGAACUCUGAACCACUCGUUGUGUCAGAACUUUUAGGAGGAGUCAUUGACUUGGGUCACAGGAAAGACAGAGGAGAGGAGGAGAAGAAAAGGAGAGCGACGGUAGAGAAGUAGAGCAGUGAGAAGGACCUCCGGGUCAUUUCACAGAGACAGAAGGGGAAAUAGGUCAACUCUAUUACUUUUCCUGGAAGUGAACUCAAAAAACUUAUUUUUGUAUGAUUAGAAACUAAAGUGUUGUAGCUGAAGAGUUUCAGAGAAAAGAGUAGAGCACUUGGUGAGUGGACAGGCGUGUGUAAGAGAGAGUGUGUGUGUCGGCCGUUUAGCUCCGAUAUGGCCAUGGUGAGCGGGGGAUGGGGCAAUCCUAACCGGGAGACCAACGGACUGGGUGGGGAGAAGGCUUACCUGCGUGGGGAUGAGGAGGGCUCGCCCCAGGCCGGGAGUGAUGUGGAGGUGGGAGACGAAGACAAGGUGUGCGUGGUGGACUGCGUGGUGUGUGGGGACAAGUCCAGUGGUAAACACUACGGCGUAUUCACCUGCGAGGGCUGUAAGAGCUUCUUCAAGAGGAGCAUCAGAAGGAACCUCAACUACUCCUGCAGGUCGAAUCGAGAAUGCCAGAUAGACCAGCAUCAUCGCAACCAGUGCCAAUACUGCCGGCUGAAGAAAUGCUUCCGUGUUGGCAUGCGCAAAGAAGUCCAGCGUGGACGCAUCCCUCCAUCCCACUCAGGCAUCAGUCCCACUUCUUUGGUCGGCGGAGGUGGUGGUACCGGGGCCGGGCCAGUAGGCGGUGAAUUCUUCAACGGCCAGCCUGUGUCUGAGCUCAUCUCCCAGCUGCUCCGUGCCGAACCGUACCCCAGCAGCCGCUACGGUCCCCAGUACGGCCAGCAGCAGCAGAUGCAAGGUGCUGGAGGAGGCUCCGUCAUGGGCAUUGACAACAUCUGUGAGCUGGCGGCACGCCUCCUCUUCAGCACCAUCGAGUGGGCCAGGAGCAUCCCCUACUUCCCUGAGCUGCCCGUCUCUGAGCAGGUGGCUCUGCUGAGACUGAGCUGGAGCGAGCUGUUCGUCCUGAACGCAGCCCAGUCCGCCCUGCCGCUGCACAUGGCCCCACUGCUGGCUGCCGCCGGCUUCCACUCCUCACCCAUGUCAGCAGAGAGGGUUGUGUCCUUCAUGGACCAGGUGAGGGUGUUCCAGGACCAGGUGGAUAAGCUGACCCGGCUUCAGGUGGACUCGGCAGAGUACAGCUGCCUCAAGGCCAUCGCCCUCUUGUCUCCAGAUGCGUGUGGUCUGACAGACCCCGUCCACGUAGAGUCUCUGCAGGAGAAGGCCCAGGUGGCUCUGAUGGAGUACGAGAGGAUGCAGUACCCGGGUCAGCCCCAGCGCUUCGGCCGUCUGCUCCUCCGCCUGCCUGCCCUCAGGGCCGUGCCCGCCAACCUCAUCUCCCAGCUGUUCUUUAUGCGCCUGGUGGGCAAGACGCCCAUCGAGACCCUUAUCAGGGAUAUGCAACUCUCUGGGAGCUCCAUUAGCUGGCCCUAUGUCCCUGGGCAGUGAGGACAGGAGCCUGGGAUCCACAGGACCCUGGAGGAACCUGGAACCUAGAACCUAGAAUGGGAUGGAGAGGGAUUAGCCACUGAUGUCAUAAAUGUCUAAAUUCUUGAGGAUUUAGUAGAGGAGGACUAUUUUGCUACUCACUCACACAGAGUCACACACUGAGCUUCCAGUGAAUGGAGCUGGAAUCAAACCAUUGGUAGUUUAGCUGUCCUGUGUAUUCCAAGGAAAUUAUACAUUUGUUUUGGAGUAUAUUUCCUGAUCUGUAUCAUGACCUCUCUUUUUGACCUGUCUGAAACACAGAACAGGACUCUGGAACACAGAACAGGACUCUGAAACACAGAACAGGGCUCCGGAACACAGAACAGGACUCUGAAACACAGAACAGGGCUCCGGAACACAGAACAGGACUCUGAAACACAGAACAGGACUCUGGAACACAGAACAGGACUCUGAAACACAGAACAGGGCUCUGGAACACAGAACAGGACUCUGGAACACAGAACAGGACUCUGGAACACAGAACAGGGCUCUGGAACACAGAACAGGACUCUGGAACACAGAACAGGACUCUGGAACACAGAACAGGACUCUGGAACACAGAACAGGACUCUGGAACACAGAACAGGACUCUGAAACACAGAACAGGGCUCUGGAACACAGAACAGGACUCUGGAAUACAGACAGGGCUCUGAAACACAGAACAGAACUCUGGAACACAGAACAGGACUCUGGAACACAGGACAGGACUCUGAAACACAGAACAGGGCUCUGGAACACAGAACAGGACUCUGGAACACAGAACGGGGCUCUGGAACACAGAACAGGAUUCUGGAAUACAGACAGGGCUCUGAAACACAGAACAGGGCUCUGGAACACAGAACAGGGCUCCGGAACACAGAACAGGGCUCCGGAACACAGAACAGGGCUCCGGAACACAGAACAGGGCUCCGGAACACAGAACAGGGCUCCGGAAUACAGAACAGGGCUCCGGAAUACAGAACAGGGCUCCGGAACACAGAACAGGGCUCCGGAACACAGAACAGGGCUCCGGAACACAGAACAGGGCUCCGGAACACAGAACAGGGCUCCGGAACACAGAGCAGGGCUCUGGAAUACAGAACAGGGCUCUGAAACACAGACUGUAACUAAAGGCCCACUGCCACUACUACCUCCAUCUCCAUGGCGCCCAACGUGACUCUGACCCCAGGUUCUGUGUGGCUCUCUGGCUGCUGUGUUAGGCCCCUGGGUCUCAUAUGGGACCCUAUUCCCCUUAGCUACAGUGCAUAGGGCUCUGGUACUCAAACGUAGUGCACUAUAAAGGGAAUAGGGUGCCAUUUGAGAUUCAGCCACAGGGAUUGUGAGGCCACAGCCAUGCCACAUACUGCCAUUGUAUUGUGUUUUGUCCUGAGCCCUCUAUUCAUGUAAAUCGUUGAGUUUGAUUUACAUUCAUGUUGAGCUUAUAGUGGAAAAUGUAAUGUGUACAUUAUGCAUUUGUGGUCAUGUAAAUCUCUGAAUGUUAUGCAAAUACCAGGCUCUCUCCAUAGUAUAAGCAAUAGCAUACAUGCUACAGUACAUGCUAUGGUGCCGAACACUUGCACAAGCUAGCAGAGGUGAAUGUAUAUGAUAGAUAACCCCUCACACGCAUCCUGAGUCCCAACGAGUCACCCCUGUCUUAUACAUUGAUACCUCAAGUUUUAUACCAAUGACAGAGAUUGUAUAGUGGAUUACCUGAUAAUAUAACCCUUGCAUUCUUAAACGGAACUAAGAACCCUCCAUGAUGUGAUCGAUGACAAACACAAAGGGAUCAAAGCAUCGUACACACCAGCAUUAUGUCAUUAGCCUGAAAGUAAACUAACUGUUGGGUUGACCUUUGUCAUAAGGCCUAUUGGAAGGCUAGGUGGAGCCAGGACUGUACUGCUUAGACCUGAAGGGUAGGGGGCUAGGGGAAGUGGUUGCAGACCUGAAGGGUAGGGGCCUAGGGGAAGUGGUUGCAGACCUGAAGAGUAGGGGCCUAGGGGAAGUGGUUGCAGACCUGAAGGGUAGGGGCCUAGGGGAAGUGGUUGCAGACCUGAAGAGUAGGGGCCUAGGGGAAGUGGUUGCAGACCUGAAGGGUAGGGGCCUAGGGGAAGUGGUUGCAGACCUGAAGGGUAGGGGCCUAGGGGAAGUGAUUGCAGACCUGAAGGGUAGGGGCCUAGGGGAAGUGGUUGCAGACCUGAAGGGUAGGGGCCUAGGGGAAGUGGUUGCAGACCUGAAGGGUAGGGGCCUAGGGGAAGUGGUUGCAGACCUGAAGGGUAGGGGCCUAGGGGAAGUGGUUGCAGACCUGAAGAGUAGGGGCCUAGGGGAAGUGGUUGCAGACCUGAAGGGUAGGGGCCUAGGGGAAGUGGUUGCAGACCUGAAGAGUAGGGGCCUAGGGGAAGUGGUUGCAGACCUGAAGGGUAGGGAGCUAGGGUAAGUGGUUGCUUUCAGAUCAGAUAUUUCAUGUGAUCGUCAUACGAUUUAACUAAAGGUACUGACCCCUUUAAGGACUAAAGGUUAUGCUGUGUAUUAACAGUAAAACUAUGGUACAGUGCACAAGGCUAUGUUCAUACUCUUAGUGAUAUUGGCCUGGACUGCAAUUUGAUGUGACCGUGCUUUUAUUUUUUUGCCAAAUGACUUACUCAGAGUGGACAUAUGAAUACUGAAAUCAAAGAAUCUGUUUUACUCUGAUGGGAUUUUGACUAACGACUUCAUUGUGUAGUUCUACAUAAGAAUCAUGUUUUUAUUGCUUAUGUCAAACCAAAAUGUAAAGAAAAUUGCUACUGCUGACCAUGGAUAUUUUUGCAUAACUAGAAAUAAAGUCUAAGUAGUCUUA